AUGAUUAAUGCUCGAUCAAUAUAUGAAGAUAAUAUUAAUAGAUCGAUCUAUGAUCCUUUUAAUGAUGUUGAUCGAAAUCUACUCGUUACUCUUGCUAGUUAUCGUCAUCGAUUUGAGAGAUCAAUGAACUUUAAAAAGUUACAAUGGACAUUUACUAAUUUAAAUAGUACAGCGUUAUGUGAUGCCUGUGAUCUUUUUGUACCUGAGAUGCGUGCACUUAUCAAAAUUAAUCGAUCAGAUUUAAUUGAUGAUGUUGCCAUUCGAUUUUGUAAAUACUAUAAAUUACUUGAUCAAAAUGUUUGCUUAGGAGCUGUAAACGAAUAUAAAAAUGUUAUAAUAGAAGUGCUUUCCAUGUCUCCUCUUACAAAUAAAGAACUUUGUUCAUUAGCAUUUGAAUGUCAAGCACCACCAUAUUUCCCUAUAGUUAGUUGGAAUGUAACAUUUCCUGACAAACCAAAACCAACGCCGCGUCCACCACAACCUCCUGCGCCAGCAACACCAAAACUAAAUGUUCUUCAUUUAUCUGAUAUUCAUAUCGAUUUUGCCUACAAACCAGGAUCUCAAGCAGAUUGUUCUCAACCAUUAUGUUGCAGAGCAGGUCAACCCGUACCUGGUCAUAUAGGCGCUGGUUUCUGGGGUGACUAUCGAAAUUGUGAUAUUCCAUAUUGGACUGCCGAAUCGAUAUUAAAAUAUGCUGCUGAAUUAGAAAAUGUAAUUAUAAUUUUUCUAAUAGCUAAGGAGCUGCGUAUCGACAUUUUUGUAGACGAGUAGUUCCCUCAUACUAUUAAUACUAUCAGCAUGUGAUUGUUCUAUUUUUCAAAGAUUGAUUUUAUCUACUAUACGGGGGAUUUACCAGCUCAUAAUGUUUGGAAUCAAUCUCGUACUGAUCAACU